AGAACAGCUACGAGCCUUCAACAAUGUCUGUCCGCCCGUCCGUGAGCGUCUACUCCGCGUCGUCCGACUCCGUGGUCGGCACGUGCCCGCUGCCUGCGGUGUUCACUGCGCCGAUCCGCAGCGACAUCGUGCAGUUCGUGCACACGAACAUGGCGAAGAACUCCCGCCAGGCGUACGCGGUGAACCGGCUGUCCGGCAUGAACCACUCCGCGCACUCGUGGGGUACCGGCCGCGCCGUUGCGCGUAUCCCGCGCAUCAGCGGCGGUGGCACGAGCACGUCCGGUGCUGGUGCGUUCGGUAACAUGUGCCGUGGUGGCCGCAUGUUUGCGCCGACGAAGAUCUUCCGCCGCUGGCACCGCAAGAUCAACCUGCACCAGAAGCGCUUCGCCGUGGUGUCCGCGCUCGCCGCGUCGUCGGUGCCUGCGCUGGUGAUGUCGCGCGGUCACAAGAUCGAGAACAUCCCGGAGGUGCCGCUUGUGGUGGAGGACUCGAUCCAGGGCUACGAGAAGACGAAGGAGGCCGUUGCCUUUCUGAAGGCGAUCGCCGCCAUCGACGACGUGAACCGCGUGAACGACUCCCGCGAGAUCCGCGCUGGCCGCGGCAAGAUGCGCAACCGCCGCUACGUGGCCCGCCGCGGCCCGAUGCUGGUGAUGCCCGACAACAAGGGCACCCGUGCGUUCCGCAACAUCUUCGGCCUGGACCUGGCGAACGUGAGCGCGCUGAACCUGCUGCACCUCGCCCCCGGUGGCCACGUUGGCCGCUUCGUGAUCUGGACCAAGUCCGCGUUCGAGCAGCUGGACAAGAUCUUCGGCACGUUCACCGAGGCGUCCGCCGUGAAGAAGGGUUUCACGCUGCCCGCGCCGAUGAUCACGAACACGGACGUGACGCGGAUCAUGCAGUCGGAGGAGGUGCGCCGCGUGCUGAAGCCGAAGAAGCUGCAGCCGAAGAAGGCGAGCCGCUACCAGAAGCCGACGAACGGGAUCAAGAACCGCCGCCUGCGCCUGCGCCUGAACCCGUACGUGAAGCGCGAGACGGCUGCUGCGAAGGGCCUGCACGACAAGAAGAACCGCGAUGCCCGCCGCGCUGCGAAGGCGACGCGCAUUGCGAAGGCGAAGAAGGCCGCGACGAAGCCGGCGAAGAAGUGA